GUGUAGGGGGUAAAGGCUGAGAACAAUACUUAUUAAUGUUAUACAAUAUUUGGGUAAAAUUUAAAAUAUUUUAUAAGAAACUGAAAGAAAAAGUCACAGAAUGGGUUGAGGAAAAUGAGGAUGAGCUGGAUCUUAUCGGUUCUACCAUUUUGGGUUUCAACGGAGGCUACUUGAUCAAAUGGAGUGACGAAUGGUACUACCCGAACACGUGGUGGGCUCGAGCCUUCAACAAGUAUUAUUACUCCGAACCUCUUCGUCUCGUGAACAACUUCACUGGAGUUAACUUCUGGCCUGUGAAAACUCGACUGGUUUGGAGUUAUGACGAUGAUAAUGAAAAGUAUUACCCGUUCGUCGCCAACAGAGAGUGUUCUGUGUUCAUAACCAAAGAUUGGGCUCACAGAAAGAUUUCUAUACGUUAAUGUAACUGAAAAUUGAGACAGUUUAAUUGGGAAUUCAGAUGGUGAUGCUUUCCUGUUGAGUAAAAUUGAAACAGGAUGUUUUGUAAUGGAGAAUUCGGAUGUACAGGUUUUCCAAAUUAUGUGAAGUUGAGACAGUAUUUUUAAUGGAGAGUUUAGAUUUUAUUGUUUUCUGGAUGAAGGGAACUACUUUGUGAUAUUUGUAUAUUGUUGAUCAACAAGUCAAGCUACUCAACUGAUAUUUAUCUAUUGAUAAUAGAAGAAAGAGAAGGAAAUAAAAUGGAGACUAUCAUUAGCAAGUUAACAAAUAGCUACUGCAAAUUGAAAACCGCUUUGGACGAUAAACAAAAGACAAUCAGAAAAAUUGUAUUUGUGAACCUUAUUGCGUUAGUGGUUUCAAUAGUGGUCGGAUGGUGGCUGCAACUUGAAGAUAAGAGGAAGGUAGAAGAAGGAGCGACUAUCUCUGAUAAGCCGGGGGAAGAUUCACCAACUCUUCAGAUGGACAUGAACAAUCCUACUACUUACGAAGUCAAACCUAUAGCGCGAUGGAACUUUAAUGAAGAUUUGGCUCAAGGAGAGUUUCCAGAUGCUGGACUGAAGUUUCAGAGUGAUAACACAUCUUUCUUAAAGAACAAAGAUUAUUUGGCUAAAGAAGAAUUUCCUGAAGGUCAUCAGAUUGAUUGUGGUUCCUCCUUAAAUAACAAAGAUCAGGCACAAGGAGAGUACCAUGAGAGAUCAAAUCAUCAGAAUGGUUGUGGUUCUGUUUUAAAUAAUAAAGAUAUGGAUCUAGCUGGGAUCCAUAGGAACCAUGCUAAAUCUGAACAGCCAAAAUCUGCAAGUGAAGGUUCUCAAAUUGAAAUUGAAGAUCCGGUUCUCAAUCGGAUGAACUAUAGAGACAAAGAUGAACCAUCUAUGAACAAAGUUAUUAACCAUCUACAUGAACCUCAAGAAAUCCUUAACAAGGGAUUAAAGAUCGAGAAUGUGAGGCAUGAUAUUAAAAAUGAAAAUCCUACUGAGGAAAACAUUCCUAGAUCAAGAAAUUUUGAAAGUUUGAUAACCUCAGGGGUUUUGUCUCAAGAGUGUCUUGAGAAAUUGAAAGAUUGUGGUUUAAAGGAUGCAAACUUUCAACCUGCAGACAGUUCUGCAUCCCCAGAGUCAAAUCCAUUCACAGUAACCUUGAAUUUUAAUGAGGAUCUUCUAAAAGGAGGGAUUCCUGGAGCAAAUUAUUCUAUUGUAGACAAUAAAAUCAAAUUUCAGUAA